AUGGAGGGCCAAGCUCUAGUUUGGUUCCAAGAUCUUGAAGAGUCAGGAGUUCUAAAGGAGUGGGAGGAUUUUACCAAGGCCUUGUUGGUACGGUUUGGGCCAUCUUCGUAUGAUGACCCCAUGGAGGCCUUAAUUAGGCUAAAGCAAACUGGAUCUAUCGAAGAAUACAAAUCAAACUUGGAGUCACUGUCUAAUAGGCUUAGAGGGUUGUCGGAGGGAGUAUGGGCCAUCUCCUUUCCAUUUCAGCAGAUGUCGGUGGAUCAUGUGGAUUUUCCUAGUUGCGUCCGAGAGGUUUGGAAUCAAACUGAGGCUGGUAGUGGUCUCCUAAAACUUGCGGCUAAAUUGAAAAAACUGAAAGUAGUUCUGAAAGGGUGGAAUAAAAAAGUUUUUGGAUGGACGACUGGGCAUAUUAAGGAGUUGGAGGGUCGGAUAGAGCGAUUGGAGAGUCACUUGCAGCUGAACUAUGAUGAAGAGGUGGAACUUGAUCUGCUGGCUUCAAAAAUGGAGUUGGAUACCUGGAUUUGUCGUGAAGAAGUGCGGUUAGCUCAGUGUGCUAAAGUCAGGUGGUCGAGUCAUGGAGAUCAAAACUCGCGUUACUUUCAUGUUAUCCUUAAUAAAUGGAGGCAAUCGAAGAUCAUGGAGAUGAGACUUUCCAAUGGCUUAUUGUUAAAGUCCCCUCAUGAACUUCAUGAUGGGGCUGUGCAUUAUUUUCGGGAGUUCUUGGGGCAGUCUACUAGUGUAGUGCUUCCGGAUUUGGGUGAUUACGUGUCUAAUGUGAUUUCGGAAGAUGAGAAUUUGAGAUUAGGUUCGGUGCCCACAGAAGAGGAGGUGAAACAAGCAGUUUUCAGUAUUCCCAUAGAGAGUAGUCCGGGGCCGGAUGGCUUUGGGUUGGGUUUUUACCUUGCUUGUUGGGAUAUUGUCAAGUCGGAAAUGGUGGAGGCGGUAACGGAUUUUUUUAGAGGGGUUCCUCUUCCCAGAUUUUAUACUGCUUCUUUUGUAGUUCUUAUUCCUAAAAUAGCUUAG